AUGGAGAGCUUCGACGAUGUGGCUCUGUCUUUAAAAUCCGUUGCGGAGAUGGGCUCAUUUAGUGGGCAAUCAGCUGGUUGUCAGCCACAACCGCACGAGCCUUCGGAUAUCAGGCGAACGUCUUUUGAUAAAGCUGCUCAGCGUCACGAUGAUGAGGGGCUCACUAAUAUUAAAGAAGACAAUAAUAGUCCUAACUCGUCUCUGGCUGACUCCCCGGCAACCGUUUUGAAUCCAUAUGACCCACAACGGACACAGGGGGACAAGAAUAGGCAAACAUCACAGCAAACAAGCAAUUCAACGAGCAUCGACAAUUCCUUUGAGGAACGCCGUGGUUCAACCAGCAUGCUAAUAUUUGAUGAUGACGGAGAAGGUGGUGAUGAGGAGCCUCAUGUUGCCAAAUCUUUCGAGAGAACCACCUCGCCAACUAGUGCCGCCCAUAAGGGUCGGGAUGACACUGAUACCAGAAGUGAUGGCAGUAGCAUGGGGCAUGCGGGGCAGGAUGGGGAUCUUCCAUUUGCCAAAAUGCACAAAUUUUCGCUCUACGAAACUGCUACAAAAUAUUAUCUAGUUGGAAUGGAUCUCCUGGAUCGACGCUUCCGGAUGCUAAAAAUUGAUCGUACAUCAGAUCCAGAGGAAGACCUCGUCUUUGCGGAAGAUGAAACUAUAUAUUCAAAAAAGGAGAUGAAUCAGCUCCUUGAUGCUGUGGACGAUGGAAAUAAAAGCUCUGGUGGACUGAAGCUACGUUGUAGCACCUGGGGGCUUUUGGGGUUUAUACGUUUUACCGGGUCAUAUUAUAUGCUCGUGAUCACCAAACGAAGUCAAGUUGCCAUGCUAGGGGGCCACUAUAUUUAUCAAAUAGAUGGGACGGAGCUUAUACCUUUAGAGUCUUACACCACAGCAAGGCAGAGACCUGAAAAACACGCAGACGAAGCUCGAUUCGUUGCGGUCAUGAACAAUAUCGACUUGACUCGUUCUUUUUACUUCAGCUAUUCUUAUAAUAUUUCCCGUACCUUACAGGAUAAUAUUGUCGCGGAACGACAAGCGAUCAGAUCAGAACAGAAAAACCGUGGAAACGGUGACCCCAACUCUAUGUUCGUUUGGAAUCAGUAUUUGCUAAACCCAGUUAUCAAGCUGCUGAAAAAUGCCUUUGACUGGUUCCUGCCAAUUACCCACGGAUAUGUUGACCAGUCUGCAAUAUCAAUCUACGGAAGACUCGUGUACUUAACCCUCAUUGCUCGCCGGUCCAGGUUUUUUGCCGGCGCUCGGUAUCUUAAACGCGGGGUGAAUGAUCUUGGAUAUGUGGCCAAUGAUGUUGAGACUGAGCAGAUUGUUUCAGAUAUGCUUACCACGUCUUUCCAUGCGCCUGGUCCGGAACUCUACGCGAAUCCGCAAUACACCUCCUAUGUCCAGCACCGUGGCAGUAUCCCUCUAGCAUGGACACAAGAUAGUACCGGAGUUACACCCAAGCCUGACAUCUCAUUGAGUGUCGUUGACCCCUUUUAUUCUGCAGCAGCUCUUCAUUUUAACAACCUCUUUGAAAGAUAUGGCAGUCCUGUUUAUGUCUUAAAUCUUAUUAAGGCUCGAGAAAAAAUCCCUCGUGAAUCUAAGCUAUUGACGGAGUAUACAAAUGCUGUGAAUUAUUUGAACCAGUUCCUCCCCGACGAUAAGAAAAUCAUAUAUCGUGCUUGGGACAUGAGCAGAGCAUCAAAGAGCCGGGACCAAGAUGUCAUCGGAACAUUAGAGUCUAUCGCAGACGAUAUCAUUCCGAAGACUGGAUUUUUCCGAAAUGGUGAAGAUGGGGCAUCUGGACUGCGCAUGCAAAAUGGAGUUGCAAGGACAAAUUGUAUUGAUUGCCUUGAUCGAACAAACGCCGCUCAAUUCGUCAUUGCAAAACGCGCUCUGGGAUAUCAGCUGCAAGCCCUUGGUUUAAUCGACCACACAUACAUUGAUUAUGACACGGAUGCGAUUAACACAUUCACAAAUAUGUGGCAUGGCCACGGAGAUACCAUUGCUGUGCAGUAUGGAGGCUCACAUCUCGUGAAUACUAUGGCUACCUACCGGAAAUUAAACCAGUGGACAGGACACUCGAGAGAUAUGGUGGAGAGCUUCAAGCGGUACUACAACAAUUCUUUCCUUGACGCUCAACGACAGGAAGCGUACAAUUUGUUUUUAGGAAAUUAUGUGUUCUCCAAAAAUAUUCCAAUGCUUUGGAAUCUUUCCACCGAUUAUUAUCUGCAUCAUUCUGAUCCACGAACCUGGCUUGCAACACAUAAACAAAACUACAUAAAUUGGUAUAACAAAGAGCAUCUUCAAAAGCGAGAAAUGCCCCCCGCCCCCUCGGCCUCCUCAGCUCUGGCAAGCAAGCGUAUCCGUGAAUUUGAUGACUACUGGCUUGAAUACUAUCGACCAAGAGCUAUAUCCUCCUUCUCAAAAAUGUUCUCAUUUAAAAUGAGAACUAAACUGCCAGACUAUCAACUUCAAUCCAUGCAUCCAGGAGAACACGAUCUUAGCCCGUUUGUAGUUAGAACGGAUCACGAACCAGACCAUCAACGUGAUAGGAGAAAUACACCGAAUAAACGACUUACGAUUUUAGAGCCCUCCGACGAGUUAAAAGAUAUUAAAUCAAAUUCACAUAACGGCUAUUCAGGUGCCAUGCCUUUGCAACACUGGUUACAGCCCUCAUCCGGAAGACUUAUUCCCCAAGCCGGCAUCCUGAAGGGAACUCAAAAUGCCCUGGUCACCCAUUCCCACCCAACCAACGAUCCAAUCUCUUUGACGAGUGCAUAUAGCCAGCCGCCAUAUAAUGCCACCAAAGCGCAGGUUGCUCAAUGGAGCUUUGGCCAAAUGAUUGCUGAUUCUCUCAAUCCAUCCCUUUCCUCUGCUGAAGCAGAAGAGUAUGAACGAUAUGUCAACCAUCCGCUUAAGGUACCGCUGGUUGUAACUUCAGAAGCCUCACUGACCGCUGCAUCUUUGGAAGAGAGAGGCUCGAAUUUAGAUUUAUUUGAAUACGCAAAUCAGAGCAACCUAGAAGACGCUAACUUAAACUCGAUUGCUGAGAGUAACAUGGCAGACUACACCGAUUUCUUGACAGUUGGAGAUGAAGGGCUUACUGUUAACAAUGAGGAUUAUGACAAAAAGCGCUACAAACGUUAUAGACAAUGGCUAAGGGGGAAGAGCUUAUUUAAACAAGGUGUUGAAGUAUAA